GCGCCCCCGGCAGGGUCUGUGCGGGCCCGGCGGGCGCUGCGCUCAGUGCGGGCGGCGGCGGCGCCAAUGGCGGAGGGGCAGGAGGGGCCUGAGCGGCGCGGCAAGAGACCCGGCGCGGAAGAGCCGGCCGAGGCGGAGCGGGGCGGGCGGCGGCGGCGCAGCUUCCAGCCGGCAGCAGAGCCCCGUGGAACCACCAUCCUGCACGAGACCAUCAGCACCCGCCCGCAGCCCCUUCCAGCGAGAUACUUUGACACGAAGACAACAGAGCCCAUCAGCUUCUUCUUGUCCGGCCUGGAGGAGUUGCUGUCCUGGCAGCCCGAUAGCAACGGCGACUUCAAUAUCUCUGCCGUGCCGCUGGCUCAGCGCCAGCCCCCACUCCACAGCAAGAGGCCCCGGACGUUGGUGUGCCAUGACAUGCGUGGCGGAUACCUGGAUGACAGGUUCAUCCAGGGUUCAGCCACACGCAAUCCUUACGUCUUCUACCACUGGCGGUACAUCGACAUCUUUGUCUACUUCAGCCACCACACUGUCACCAUCCCACCCGUGUGCUGGACCAAUGCGGCACACAGGAAUGGCGUUCCCGUGCUGGGCACAUUCAUCACGGAGUGGACGGAUGGGGAGAAGAUAUGUGAGGCAUUCCUUUCUGGUGGGGAGGAGGCGUACCGUGCCGUGAGUGAGCAGCUGGCCCGCAUUGCCCAGCACUACCGCUUUGAUGGCUGGCUGGUCAACAUAGAGAACACGCUGAGUGCGGUGGCAGUGGGAAACUUGCCCCCUUUCCUGCGGCACUUGACAGCACAGGUGCACCGCGCCGUGCCAGGAGGGCUGGUGAUCUGGUACGACAGCGUCCUGCAGAACGGCACACUGAAGUGGCAGAAUGGGCUGAACGAGGAGAAUAGGGUGUUCUUUGAUGCCUGUGAUGGGCUGUUCACCAACUACAACUGGAAGGAGGAGAACCUGGAGAGCUCACGUGAGCUGGCUGGGCCGCGGCGCACUGAUGUCUAUGUUGGCGUUGAUGUCUUUGGGCGUGGGGACGUGAUCGGUGGUGGCUUUGACACUAACAAGUCCCUACGCUUGAUCCGCCAGUAUGGCCUCUCCGCAGCCAUCUUCGCUCCCGGCUGGGUCUACGAGCACCUGGGGGAGGAAAACUUCCUGCAAAACGAGAACAAGUUCUGGGGUUUGCUGGCUGAGUACCUGCCCACGCACAGCAUCUGCACGCUGCCCUUCGCCACCUCCUUCAGCCUGGGCAUGGGCAACAGCAGGUUCAUGGAUGGGAAGGAGGAAGAGGCCGGGCCCUGGUAUGAUCUGAGCUUGCAGGAGAUCCAGCCCUUCUAUCCAGAGCAUGAGGGCAGGCUGAGCACCAGCUGCUACCUGCAGGACGCUUGGUGCGGGGGCAGCUCCCUGAGGGUGCAGGGGAUCAUCCCCCCAGGCGAGGAGCGCGUGGCCACCCGCCUUUUCUCUUUGCAGAUGCCAGCACCCCCUAAGCUCUUCUUGACACUGCUCUACAAGCUGGAGGGGCCGCAGCCUGACGAGUUCACAGUUGCGCUAGAGCUCACCACCUGGGACUCAGAUACCUGCCACGAGGGCAACGUCACCUCCCUACCUGAGUCCAACAGCCGGCACCACCCUCGGAUCCUCGCGGCACUGCCACCCAGCCUCGCCAAGCUGCUUGCUGCCUGCAACCAUGGUUCCAAAGGCUGGACGAGCCGGUGCUACGAGCUGGACCUGCAGGACUGCAGCCUGCGAGACCUCUCCCUGCUCGUGUCCCGCCACCAGCCCAGCCCGAAGGAGACGUCCUUCACCUGCCUUCUCGGGGAGGUCCGGGUGCUGGAUGCGGCCAGUAUGACAGCCUCCCCGCCACAGGUGCAGAGCCUGGCAGCCUCGCAGUUCUGGUGGCAGGAGAGCCCCGAGGCGGAGCAGCUCUCGCUCUGCCUCACCCUCCGCUGGACCUUCCCACCUGGCCGAGCCAACUGCUUCCGUGUCUUCAGCCUGGGUGCCCGCUGCCACCGGGGCCAGACAGCACCGCAGCUCCUGGGGCUGGCGAGCGCCUGUCUGUUCCGUGUCGUUGGGCUGUUGGUGCCACGGCCGGUGGCCGGGCAGUCCUGCCGCCUGGAGCUGCUGGUGGAGCCAGUGCUGUGCGACGAGCUGCCCGUGGAUCCCGACCACUGGGGACGGCUGAUGCUGGUCUACUCUGAGCCCACCGGUGGCACCAGCUGAGACGGGCAUUAAAGGCGAGCGCAGUAGAGCUCUGUGUCUGUCCUGCGCGCCGGUGGGCUGAGGGCACAGCAGAGCCAGUGCUGGGGGCGCUGAAAGGGUGGAGGCUGCAUUUUGUUGCCCUGGUUCAGCAAGUCCCUCUUCUCGCCCCCAGCCCUCACUGCAGGGGCCCGCUGGGUGCUGGCUGGUGCCCUGUGAAGGGCUGCCAGGGCCCCCCCAGCUCCUGCAAGCUGCAUGCACCCAGGCUGGGGGAUCCUGCCCCAAGCUCCUCUCAAGCUGUGUGUCCAGCCUGGUGCAGAGCUGCCAGUGGCAGUUCCGCUGCAGCGCUGAGUCCCAAGGAGCAGAGCAGCGCAGGCAGCCACCGCGUCCAUCCCCUGCGGACCCGCUCAGCACCACCCAGCCCGCGCUGCCCUCUCCCAGGGCUGGCAGGCAGCAGUUGCGCCGUGCUGCCUCCCCUGGAUAUCUGAUGCAGAGAAGGAGAGAAAAUUUAUAGCAGCAAUUAUUUUCUCACAGUCUGGUGAGCAAGCAAUUAGCAGGCAGGGAGGCAGGCGAGCGCGCUGCGCAGCGGGGUCGCCCAGCCCCAGCUCCCUCCAAGCACCAUCCACGGUCCCACAAACAAUGCUGGCUCCCGGUCAGGAAAAUUAACAUGUCAGCAGUUAAGCUGCUGCUGCUCCGGUGGGAGACUGGCUCUGAAAUGAAUUAUCUGAUAGGAUGAAAAAUGGAGGGCUCGGCACAGCCAGGAGAGGGUCCUACUGUGCCAGUACCCUACUCCCUUGCUACAGAGAGCUCGGGGGGCCCUGCACAUUGCCCCCUCACCUGCUUCACGCUGCAGCCCUCUGCCCUGCGGCGUGCCAGGACGGCCACCCCGCAGGACAGCCACGGCCCCAGUCAAAACCUGAGCCGCCCUGGUUGAAGAAAGAAAUCUUUAUUAAUAAUUUCAAUAAUAAUAAUAAUAAUCCUUGUAAUAAUAAUAAUAAUAAUAAUAAUAAUAA